CAUUCAAAGCCUCGGACGCUACUCCACAAAUCACUCUCGGGGCCCGAUGGAGUCGCUGCAAUCAGCUGUGCAUCAUAUCUUGUUAUGAUAAACAAGUAAUGAACGGCUAAACACACAAUUAAAUAUGGAAGGAAUGCUGCAUAAAUGGACCAAUUACAUAAGUGGCUGGCAACCUCGUUGGUUUGUACUCGAUGGGGGAACCUUGUCUUACUAUGACUCUCAAGAAGAUGCCUUGAAAGGUUGCAAGGGCAGCAUUAAAAUUUCAGUUUGUGAAAUCCAAGUGAAUCCCUCGGACUCUACACGAGUUGACCUGACUAUACCAGGAGAGCAGUACUUUUACCUCAGAGCCAUCAAUGCAGCAGAGAGGCAGAAGUGGCUGGUGGCAUUGGGAACAGCCAAAGCUUGCCUUACAGAUAACCGAACAAAGAGAGAAAAAGAGCUCCAUGAGAAUACAGAUGCACUGAAAACUAAGAUGUCAGAACUCAGAUUGUACUGUGACCUUCUUCUACAACAAGUAAACAAGAUCAAGGAGAAUGAUGAGCUAGGAGACACAGCAGAGACAGAAAUAGACACUGGGAACAUGGUGAAGUCUACAUGCACAACUUUCCUUAAGACUCUUGAGGAAUGUAUGCAUAUAGCAAACCGUACGUUCAGUACAGAUAUGCGAACACACAGUCCACCAGGAUCUCCUCCGGUAGCAGCCAUCAAACCUCAGAAGAUCAAACCUGUCAAUCAUUUAAAUCAGAAUCUUGGAGAAAAAUGGAGAGAUUUGUCUGAAACUUCAGGAGAAGCGGUACCACAGGACAACCAGAGCCUUGACUCUGGAGCAGAGGGACCAGCAGAGCCAGACGGACCAGGACAACAUUCUUCCCCUUCAGACAUUGAUGCUGCCAACGGCAACAGCUCAGUCCAAGAGCAGGGAGUUAAUCCUGCUUUACACACUACCCAGAAUGCCCCUGAGAUUGAACACUACGACCAACCAGCAGAAGAAAAUGAAUCCGACGAACAAGAGGAGACGAAACAAGAGCAGAAGCACAAAGUGGACCAAAUUCAAGAAGAGCAGGACAACAACAACAAGGAAGUGGAUGCCGUCCAGCCUCAGCACCAACAGGAAGUAGUUCCAGACCAAGAAGAGGCACAAAGUGAAGGCGAGACCUCGAGAGAUUUAGCAGAGCCAGAAGACACAGAGCAGGUGGAAACUUUCUUCAGCACAAUGAGUCACAGAUUUAGUGAUAUAAGACUGGACGACGACAAUGGUAUCCCUACACAAGAGUUUUUGGACUCAUGCUAUGCAAUAGUACCUGUAUUAGACAAGCUGGGAUCCACUGUGUUUGCACCAGUUAAAAUGGAUUUUGUUGGAAACAUCAAGAAAAUCAACCAGAAGCUGAUUUCAGCCCCAGGCAGCUUCCCCACUCUCCAGUCCAUCGUGCUGCAUGAAGUUCAGACGGACAACGCCCGGGUCCGCAACUCGGCCACAGAGGCUCUGCUGUGGCUCCGACGAGGCCUGAAGUUCCUCAAAGAGUUCCUGUCAGAGGUCAACGCAGGAACCAAAGACAUCCCGGGAGCGCUAAUCCCCUCUGCCCCCACUGGACAUGGACUUUAA